UCUCCCUUGACUCCCCCUCCGGCACCAUGGCGUCCAGCGAGGAGGACGGCACGGUUGAGGAGAAGGAAAACAACAACAAGAGGAGAACAAAAAGCGCCCUUGCUACCGCAUGGCUGACUUUCUACAACAUCGCCAUGACCGCCGGGUGGCUGGUUUUGGCGAUGGCAAUGAUGCGCUUCUACAUCCAGAAAGGCACACGCAAGGGUCUGUACAGAAGUAUAGCAAGAACACUCAAGUUUUUCCAGACCUUCGCGUUAGUCGAGGUGGCACAUUGCGCCUUCGGGAUUGUGAGGACUUCUGUGAUUGUUACCGGGGUGCAAGUGUGUUCACGGAUUUUCAUGGUUUGGUUCAUCACCAACAGCAUCAGACAGAUCCAGAAUGAAGAAAGCGUAAUCCUAUUCCUGGUUGUGUGGACGAUGACAGAGAUUACCAGAUAUUCCUACUACACAUUCAACCUGCUCCACCACCUGCCGUACUUCAUCAAAUGGGCCAGAUACAACCUCUUCAUCGUCUUGUACCCCCUGGGAGUCGCCGGAGAACUGCUGACCAUUUACGCUGCCCUGCCGUUCGUACGCAGAUCUGGAAUGUACUCCAUGAGGCUCCCCAACAAGUAUAACGUGUCGUUCGACUACUACUACUGCCUCAUCGUCUUCAUGUUGUCCUACAUCCCACUGUUUCCUCAGCUCUUCUUCCACAUGCUGCGGCAGAGGAGAAGGGUGCUUCACGGCGAGGUCAUAGUGGAGAAGGACGACUAGACAAGCCACCACCUCAUGCCUCCGUUUGAGCCAACCUGCCUCCACCGUCACCGUCCCCUCCCCCCUCCACACUUCAUCUCCUUCCUCAUCUCUAGCACCAUCGGCUGUUACAUUCUUCAUCGCACGGGACCGCACAGAUGACGACCUGUCUGACGAGAGUGACAAUCAGGAAGAAAGGAGCUCACCAGUACUGAUAAUAAUAGCUGAUCCUAAGUCUUCACAGGAUUAAUUCCUAUCUGAAUGGUAAUAUUGGAAACAUGUUUACAGUCCCAGUGUCGCCGGAGCUUGAGACAGAAGCCUGACGUUGAGUCCUUUAUUCGCUUAACUUCGCACGCUGUUGCACUGAUAAAACAUGAGCCCCAGCAGAGUCACAACACCUGUCUGAAGGAGUGAAGGGAAAACCAGAGGCUUCCAGGGAAAUGUGAAAUGAAACACGGGAGGAAGAUUGAAAGUUGCGUCUCCUGAGUUGUCCAAACUUCAUCCCCUCCAACCGACCCAAUUGGCAGUUGUAUUCAUUUUUUUUUAAAAAGUGUAUUCCACCAAAAGAUAUUUUAUACAGAACAAGGUUUAAAAAGAGAAAAUAUUCAUAGUUCUAUCAUACCUCAACAAUAAAUCUACAUUUAGACAAUAUGCUGCUUCUUUUGUGUACGUUUGUAAAUGAUGAAAUGUGAAAUGAGCGGAUAAUAGUAAGCAUAUUUCUUAAAGAUAAUUUAUUCACAUAACUGUGUCACUUAGAGCAAGCACAGCUCAAACUUAACACUUUGUCUGCUUGGCUCCUGCAUUCUUCUAUGUUGCUUUGAUGUUUACUAUGUCAAAUUAAUUGACAAGAGUGCAUCGUAAACAGAUUUGAGUCUUCAAAGAGCAGCAGCUUAUCGAGAGGCGGUCGUAGAUGAGACUUCAAUUCAGAUUUUUUUGUGAGCACUCGCAGUCUUCAGUCGCUGUUGUGUUUGUUUUUUAACAUAAAGAAUCUCAUGUGCGUGUUGAUAGAAAGGUAGUUAGGUUCCCUCCUACUAAAGGUGCUAUUGUAAGAUCAUUUCAAUCUUCUGUGCAGCUGGAGGAGAGACUGUGUUUGGAGUUGACCUAAAGCAGAAAACAGGAUGUGAAAUGAUUGAGAGGAAAUGUUGCAUAGCCCAUGGUUAUUGAAGAAAAUCAACAUUUUGCUAUAAUCUGGGUUAGAGAGAAAAGAAAAAAAACAAUUAAA